AUGCAGCUAAUCAUUUCAUCAAUGGCUAUUGCCAAGUCAAGCCCCGCCCUAGCGCCAACACUGUCUAGGCCAGGAAGUUCAAUUGAAAGGAAUCAGUCCUGUUGGGAUACUCCUGUGCCAUAUGAGCUGAGUGGAAAUCUCAGUAUGAACUAUAAAGGUGUCAUUCUGAGAGCCUUCGAGCAGUUCAGACUGAAAUCAUGUGUUGACUUUAAGCCCAGAGAAGAAGAAGAGUUUUACAUCUCUGCGGAGAGUCAUAAAGGGUGUUGGUCAUAUAUUGGACGCUCGUUUCCUGGAGGACAGACUCUUUCCAUCGGAAAGGACUGUGGAAGAAAAGGCAUUGUUGAGCACCAGUUUCUCCAUGCUCUGGGAUUGAACCAUGAACAUUUGAGAUAUGACAGAGAUGAUUAUGUGACAAUCAAAUAUGAAAACAUCAGGAAAGGAUAUGAGAGUAAUUUCAAUAGACACAAUGAGAACGUGUCCACUACCCAAGAAACCCCAUAUGAUUAUUACUCUGUGAUGCAUUUUGAUAAAAAUGCCUUCAGCAAUGGUAACGGACCCACAAUCAUAACCAAAAGUCCUGAGAUCCAAGACGUGAUCGGACAACUUAUGGAAAUGAGCGAGUAUGAUGCGAUGGAGCUCAACAAACUCUACAAAUGCAAUUCCUCCGUGUCUUUCCUCGAUCACUGUAGUUUUGAUGAUGAAUCUCUGUGUCAGAUGGGCAUCAGUUCUUCUGCUGAUGACGGCUGGCGGAGAGUGAAGUCAGUGAGUGGCAUCAAUGUGACCGACCACACAUACUUGGGCAAAAAACAGAACGGGACAUCUUUCUUCAUGCACUUCAGCACUGAGGGCAGAAACGAGGGCGACACAGCCAGAUUGGAGAGCAAGACAGUGACCCCUACAAGAGACUGCAAAGUUCAGUGCCUGCAGUUCUACUACUAUCACAGCGGUCAUGAGUCUGACCAGCUCAACAUCUGGAUCCGAGAGCAGCAGAAUCAAGCAGACUGCAGAGGAGCUCUCAGACUCAUGGAUCAUAUCACAGAAACCCCUGGGAAUUACUGGAAGUUGCAUCAUGUGCCAAUGAAUGCAAAUACAUCUUUCCAAGUUGUGUUUGAAGCACGUAAAGGAGCUGGAAGCUCCAGUGGGGGCUUCUCACUGGACGAUAUCAAUAUUUCAGAGACUGAGUGUCCCUUCAUAUGGCAGAUUAGAGACUUUGAGAAAAAACUAAACAGUGGGUUGAGCAUUUGGAGUCCACUGUAUUACUCCAAUGAUGGAUACCGCUUUGCGGCACAGUUAUCUUUGUUCAGGAAUCCAAUUUCAAUAAAUGUUUAUCUGGUAUCUGGUGCAUAUGAUGAGCAACUGCAGUGGCCUUGUCCAUGGAGACAAAUCACCGUCCAGAUCCUGGACCAGAAUCCACACAUCCAGAAGCGCAUGUCCUUUGAGCAGAGCAUCACCACUGACCCUGAUUUGACUUAUGAUGAUGGUGGGUAUCACUGGGAAAAACCUCAAUACACUAGAUUCGGAUUUCAAAUCAACAUCAGUGGUGAGUUUGUAUUUUUGGCUGGACCUGCUCAUGUUGUGCUCUUAACAAAAGAAGAUCUCACUAGAAGAGAGUUUAUCAAGGGUGGAGACCUCAUAUUGCUCUUCACCAUGCAAGAUAUCUCAGCACUGCUUCAGAAUGCCUCUCUACCCUGCUCUAAAGUAACUGUGAAGAACUUCAACGUUUCUAAGAGUUGCUCAAACGGCGAUUUCGACAACUACAAUUCCCGCUACAGCAGAGCACACUGAGGGUUAAGACUACAAAACCAGUUAAACACAGUCACUGAGUGGCAUCCCAACAUCAAGAACAUCACUACACGAUGAGAACAGCAAUCAGCUAUGGCAGUUAUAUAUGAUCAACAGGAGUUUCAUAACUGUAAAUAUUGCUGGGUAUUCAUGCACAUCUCCCAAUUGAAUUUGAUUCCAACUCAUAAGCUUUGAGCAACUUUGAUCUGAUUAUGAUUAUGAGUUUAGCUCCAACUUGACCCAAAACACAUGUCUGGAAGUUUCUCACACAAAUGUGUGAGUGUUUCAGAGUGGUGAGAGGAGACAAAUUACCUCCUGAGGAAGAUUUUAUGGUCGGUCCAUAGGAAUGUUUUUGUAGAUUUGAAUGGUCUGUCCCUACAUCUGGGGGCUUUCCCCAUCUGGUGUUUGGUUGUGUUCCAAGGCAGGGUUUUUUUGCUUUCUCUCUCACACUCUAUGGGAGAUAUGGUGUGAGAUAUUGGUUUUAAGGUCAAUAAUUAAUAAACAAUUCAAUCAGAUCAUGAGAUCACAAUAUGUGUGUGCUUGUUUAUAUAAUCUAAUGGUUGUAUAAAAGAAUUUAAAAUAAAAUAUGUAACAAGACUAU